CACUUUGUUACUGACUGUCAAAACUUACACUGAAUGUGAAGUAUAGGUGAUUGAAGUUUACCUUCAACGUUGCCUUUUACAGCAUUCGACUUGUACAUUAAAUGUAAAAUGGGGGAGUAUAGUAUGUUUAGAUAUAUUUGAAAUCUCAAAGAAUGUUUAUUAGCAGGUGCUCGAAGAUGGAGGACAUCAAAUGCAUAAAUAUCCUGAACAUUUUCUAUUUGAUUCUCCUUUAUCAGAUACGCGUAUUAAUAAAAACAAUUUUUAAAACACAACCAGGGAUAUUUUGGACUUAAUGGUUGACUUUUAAUGUAGCUUAAUUGUUAUGCAUAUAUACAUGUAAUUUGAAGAAAGUGUCAUCAGAGCCGAUUAUUAAAUAUGAAAUAUUGAUGCCAGGGUUGGCAAUCGUUUGUAGAAUUGCUACCGGUUAAUCGCAAUUCGGUCCGACCGAUUAACCCGUUACUCGUAUCAAAAUUAAAAAUUGUUUGAAAAUAUUUUUUUCAAAAACUGUUAUAAAUAACACCGAAAAAACGACAGGAAUAUUCUGUUCAUGUGUAAAUCAAGAUAAAUAAAAAUUGGGACUUAAUAUAAUUAUCAAAAAGAAAUCUUGAACAACGAAUCGCGAGCAUGCAGUCAUGCAAGGGAUUCACUGCCCACAUGUCGCAAUUUUGCAGUACAGUCUUCUCAAGACAAUGUCUGGCCAUGGCAAGUUAUAGAUCUCUAUUUUCAAUCAUUAUUCUUUUGGAUCGUAGUAACAUUAGAAAACUACAUUUGUAUAUUAUAAAAAAAUACAAUAAACAAAUUGAUCCUAGGUACAAUAUUGAUAAUUGUAACGGUACUCCACAGAGAUAUCAUUCAAUAAUGAUUUCUGAAAAGCUGAACAGACAAGACAGUGCCAUGUUGUUUUAACAAUCAUUAUAAAUAAGGGGGAUAAUAAAGGGACUUGCCUCCUUUUCUCGCUUGUAACUUGACUUCUAAAAUUCAAAUUCAGUUCAAUUAUUCAAAAUGCACAGGUAAACCAUUUUAUAAAAAAAAUAAUUAAAGAUGAAAUCGUAUCUAGCUCCCUUUAACGCAACUGAAAAUACCAAGAAUACAGCUAGUUUAUUUUUGUACAUAUGUACCAAAUAUAUAUUCCACUUUUAUACGUUGUUUUUAGAAUAAGGUUGAUGUACAUUUUUGGAUAAACAUAACUAACACACACGUCAACUCUUUGUAUGUCCUCAGGAUAAAUGAACUUAUCGAGAACACAUUACCUGUACAACAUAUUGUACAAUCAGUUGAACACAGAUAUAAACUGCUGAAAAAUAAUCAAACACGGAAACAAUUGUGUUUUGCUUCGCAUAGACCGAAGGCGAAAGCUUGACGGAGUGAGAGUAACAAAGAUAUCUAUGAUUUGACUUCAGUGGUAUCUGAUAAAGACAAAGAAAGACGCAGAAAAAACUUCAUUUAAAAAGAAGACAUGAAUCCAUUUGAAGAUGACAUGAUUGAGGAGAAUGAUGAUGAAUCGAAGAAUCCGUUCUUUGAAGAUAUGACAAAUGAUGACGAUGAUGGUGAUGAUGAAAUGGGUAGUGGUGGGGGCGAUGGCGGUGAUGAUCUGAUAAAAAAGAGUGAUGAGAAAUCCAAGAAUCCAUUUACCCAAGAUACAACGGGUGAUCGUGGUGAUGAUAAUGCUGUGGAAGAUAGUGGUGAUGAAAUGUUGGAUCUUUUCUCUGUUGAUUAUGACAGCUUGAGCAUUCCUUGGAAAAGUUUUCUACAGAGCUUCAAUCUUAACGUGAAAAAGUUGUACAAACCCACCUGCGUCAAGACGAUAGGAACCCGCUUGAAAUCGCUUAAAGCCUUGUCCAUUGUUGGCAAAUGGGGCAGCGGUCGAACAACUCUGGCAAAACAAGUCAUUCUCCAGUGUGCUCAAAGUUUUGUAAAGAGCACCUGCAAAUUUACAACAAUUGACAGAGCUACAAGCUGGAAGAAAGGUGUGCAUGACGGCUGUGUGAGUUUUAUUUACCUACCCGAUUGUGUCAAAGAAUGGUACACACCGAGUCAUGUGGAAGACGUCGCAGAGUGUUUGAAGGACAUGCUAAUCAGACCCUCUGAUCAAUGUUACGUCGUGCUAAGCAUUAACGAGAAUACCUGGUCCAAAUACGAACACAUUCUAUCACAAUGCGACAUAUUCAAAGGAAAAAGGUUGCAUUUCAUGCAUAAUAAAGAAAUACUGUCUUCAAAUGAUUACAAAGAAAUGUUACACGUAAUUGUCCAGAACAGAGUCAAACUAGACAGCCUUACUUCUAAAACCAGUGCAAUUCUCGCUGCCAAAGAGAACGAUGUCAUAGGGUUACCUGAACUUAUGACCCUUUCAUGCAAAAAUCGUCGAAUUUUGAGUAACGUUGCAAGAUUUUGUGCGGAACCUUUAAGUGUUAUCAAAGAUGACUUGAAACAAAUGUCGGAAUCUCCGAAGAUUUCAGAAAAACACAAGUUUGUGGUGCUAACCUACGCCAUGAUUCAUAACGGCAGAUUCAGUUUACAAAAACUGAAUGAGAAUAUGCUGAGAUCAAUUCGAACCAUUUUUGCCGUUUUUAGUCCCCCUGAUGACUACUUUGAGGAUGCAGUUGACAAACUAAUGGAAGAGUAUCUUGAAAUUAGCACAGACAAAGAAACACUCUGUACACAACAUGAAAUAAUAAAGCGCAUUCUGUUUGAGAUUGUCGCAGAGAUUAAGAUAGACUUUCUUAUUCAGAACUGCGACUCAAGGCUUCUACUGAACUGCAUCCGUCCUGCCACGUUUACUUUUUCAUCUAUGUUUAGCAAAUUCAACAAGGAACUUGUGGUGGGAAUUGAACCUGGCCAUCAUCAAGCUUUGUGUGAAAGAUUUAAGCAAAUCGAAAUUGGGGGAGAAAACGAGGUACGGAAACACGUGAUCAUGGAAGAUGCAGCAUUUCAGAGACUCAUGAUGUUAUAGAAAACAACGUUACAAAAGAAUGUUAAUCACUUGAGGUAUCUCACUCCUCAAUGUGGUUGUUUCAAGAAUUUAUUCGGAAGAGUAUUAUUCAGAUUUGUAGACAAAACUAACUUGAGAAAUAUAUAUAAAAAAGGGGCGGUUCAGUGUUCAUCCCUCUAAGUUAAGGUGCAUUAAAUUUGACCUUUCUGCAGUUUUGCUGCCUGAUUUCCUUUUGUUCCUAGUAUUUUUGAAUAAGCAGAAUAAUGUUUUAAAUUAUGCACAAAGAUAAGAUUGAAUUUGAUAAUGAAGGUAAAGUUUUAUAUAUACCUGCAUAAAUUUUUCGUGACCUUUUUGCACUUACAAAUAUCUUAUUUUGCAAAAGUAAUCAAUAACUCGAUAGGAAACUUUCUGAAUAUGAAGAUUUUUAUAAAUUCAAUACAGUGGAUUUAGGUAUGUCCCCAGUAUCAAAUUGAAAUGAUAAAACACUGGGAUCAGGAAGUAUUAAUUUAUUUUGCAAAAUGGCUUCUAAAGUUGAAUUCUUACCAAAAAAAAAAAAAUUUUGACUU